CCUCACCUCGGCUCACCCUAUCCGUUUGACACUCUUCCACGCUUGCUAUAACUCCUCCGUCUCCGGGGCGUUCGCCUCCCCCAAUCCCCAACCCACGCCCACCGUCCCCGGCCACCGCCUCAGAUCCCCCGCCCCGCCCAGCCAGGUCCCUUGCCCGCGGCCAUGACGCCCUCCUCCGCGCUCGCCCUGGCCCACCUCGCUGCGGCCUCCCCGUUCCCGGCGGCCUCCUCGCCGCGGCCCUCGCCCAGGCCCGCCUCGCUCAGCCCGGGCCCGGGCCCUGCCGGGCUCGGGCCGCGCCGGCUCGUCGCGGCGCCGCCCCCGCGGGCCUUCUUCUCCUCGUCGCCCUACCAGCCGCCGCAGCCGGAGGGCUUCUCGCCGCACCGCGAGUACGGCCUCGUCCCCAUGGUCAUCGAGACCACCUCCCGCGGGGAGCGCGCCUACGACAUCUUCUCGCGCCUGCUCAAGGAGCGCAUCGUCUGCAUCCACGGCCCCAUCGCCGACGACACCGCCUCGCUCGUCGUCGCGCAGCUGCUCUUCCUCGAGUCCGAGAACCCGCUUAAGCCCGUCCACCUCUACAUCAACUCCCCGGGGGGCGUCGUCACCGCCGGGCUCGCCAUCUACGACACCAUGCAGUACAUCCGCUGCCCCGUCACCACGCUCUGCAUCGGCCAGGCCGCCUCCAUGGGCUCGCUCCUCCUCGCGGCCGGGGCGCCCGGUGAGAGGCGCGCCCUGCCCAACGCCAGGGUCAUGAUCCACCAGCCCUCCGGUGGCGCGCAGGGGCAGGCCACCGAUAUCGCCAUCCAGGCCAAGGAGAUCCUCAAGAUGCGAGACCGCCUCAACAAGAUCUACCAGAAGCACACGCGCCAGCCCAUCGAUAAGAUCGAGCAGUGCAUGGAGAGGGACCUCUUCAUGGACCCCGAGGAGGCGCGUGACUGGGGGCUCAUCGACGAGGUCAUCGAGAGCCGGCCCGCCUCGUUCAUGCCCGACGGACUCGGUGGAAACGGCCUCGAUGUGCCCAAUCUUGGCGGCGGCGGCGGCGGUGGACGGGGAAGGGAUGUCGAGGAGCCCUCUGCGGUGUGAAGAACGGCCACAAAGUUUCAUAGAGUCAGGUCGUAAACUCUGAUGCUCUGCGUGGCUCAGUCAAAAUAUGCAAAAAGGAACCCAGAGUUUGCAUCACUUCAUGCAAAGAGCAUUUUAAGUGCAAGGCUGGACAAAUGAACAAACCAGGUUCAAUUGUGGCCUAGUUCUUGCUUGUGCUAUACUGGAUUCUGAACACGGUGGUGAUUAAAAUCCGUAUGCAGUAGACUGCAUUGCAGUUGGAUGGCACCAGCUUCUUGUGGAAUUGUAAAAUUUGAACCUGUUGACACUAUUUCUACUCUACCACUUGUUGGUACUUCUGAUGGCAAGAACCAGUUUGUAUGCUCUGAUAUUGUUCUUGGUUCUGUUCAGGUGUGAUAAAACAAAACGUAUGUCUUGCUCAGAUUCAGUGGUAAAUUUCUGAGUAGACGUCCCAGCUUACCCGUUUGUAUGCUC